UCGAGAGGGUUUCGGAGCCGCGGGGAGGGAGCUGGGCUCUUCCCUGCGCCGCCAUGCCUUCCUCGCCGCUCCGCGUGGCCGUGGUGUGCUCGAGCAACCAGAACCGCAGCAUGGAGGCGCACAACAUCCUCAGCAAACGAGGAUUCAGUGUCCGAUCCUUUGGAACAGGGACUCAUGUGAAACUGCCAGGACCAGCACCGGACAAGCCGAAUGUUUAUGAUUUCAAAACAACAUAUGAUCAGAUGUACAAUGAUCUGCUUAGGAAAGACAAAGAACUAUACACACAGAAUGGGAUUUUACACAUGUUGGACAGAAAUAAGAGAAUCAAGCCACGACCAGAAAGAUUCCAGAACUGCAAAGAUGUUUUUGAUUUGAUCCUAACGUGUGAAGAAAGAGUCUAUGAUCAAGUAGUAGAAGAUUUAAAUUCCAGAGAGCAGGAGACAUGUCAGCCAGUACAUGUGAUCAAUGUGGACAUUCAGGAUAACCAUGAGGAGGCAACCCUGGGUGCUUUCCUCAUCUGUGAGCUCUGCCAGUGUAUACAGCACACAGAAGACAUGGAAAACGAAAUAGAUGAGCUGUUACAGGAAUUCGAAGAGAAAAGUGGAAGGACUUUUCUUCAUACUGUCUGCUUUUAUUAAAGCACAUCUGACUCCUAGGCCUUAAUACAGAUGAGGGAAGCAUGUGUUUAAAGUUCUGAUUAUACUGUAUUUUCCUGGAAAAUGAAUAUUGAUUUUUUUUGUUUGUUUGUUUAAAAACUCCUUUUCAGUGUUGUUUUUGUUUUGUUUCAGGUAUUCUGUCACAGGUAGGCAGAGAUACUGGUUGGGGUUGUACAUAUGAGAUGAUUAAAAGUAUACGCAAAGGCCACCUAUUUAAAAAUGAAAAUCAAGAUUUUCUUUAAAUCCUACUUUAAUUAUUACAAGUAGGUUUUUAAUUAUAAAGAGAAUGUUUCUUGAAUAUAAGUUUAUAAUGUAUUUUUCCAGCUUACAAAUUUAUUUUAUUUCAGUUGUGCUUUUUUUUAUUUUAAUGUGACAGAAUGGCUGAACUACGUGAGGAUAUGAAUGGAACAAUAAAAAACGAGUAUCUGUAUAUUAUUAGAUAUAAAGUUGGAAGCAUCCAAUAAAAAUGAAA